AUGGCGGCUCAAGUGGCGCGCAAGCGUCAGCAGCGCGAAGAAUAUCGUCGCAAGAUCCAGGAACAGACUGAACGCGGCGAGACUGAUGUCGCCAGUGUGAAGAUGCCGCAGAAGCGAUACUUCCGGCAGCGCGCACACGCCAACCCAUUCUCCGAUCAUAAGCUCGAUUAUCCAAUUAGCCCGGCGCAUAUGGACUGGGCGUCUCAUUACCCGGCAUUCGUCAAUCCUGAUCCAUCCAAGGUCAAUCUCGGCGGUACCAGGCAAUUACUCAAGGAUGUGGAGGUGGUAGACAUUGGAUGCGGGUUUGGGGGAUUGCUCGUUGGACUAGCACCCAUCUUGCCGGAAACCCUCAUUGUCGGCAUGGAGAUCCGCAUAUCAGUCCUAGACUAUGUCCGCAGUCGCAUCACCGCUCUCCGUCUCCAACAACAAAAUCUAAAGCGAAUCGCUGCCGCAAAUGAAGGAUCCGAAACUCCCUCCGAGACUCCCGCAGCUCCCGCUGUUGAAGACGACGAGGUCGGCAGCACGACUACCAUUGUCCCCGGCAACUACGAGAAUAUCACCGGCAUUCGCGCCAACACCAUGAAAUUCCUCCCCAAUUUCUUCGCCCACCACCAACUCUCCAAAAUCUUCGUGUGUUUCCCCGAUCCGCACUUCAAGGCGCGCAAGCACAAGGCGCGGAUCAUCUCCGAGUCGUUAAACGCAGAGUAUGCGUAUGUUCUCAAGCCCGGUGGUUUACUGUACACUAUUACCGACGUGGAGGAAUAUCAUCACUGGGUUCUGAAGCACUUCAAAUAUGAGACGGAGGAAGGAGAGACGACGCCCCAGCGCACAGGUGGUAUUCGAGACCUCUGGGAACUCGUCUCGGACGAGGAGUUGGAGGCAGAUCCCUGUGUUCGCGUGAUGAAGUUUGAGACGGAAGAGUCCAAGAAGGUCACUCGAAAUAAUGGCCACAAGUAUGUGGCCGUCUUCCGGCGCAAGCCAGACCCUGAGUGGCCUGCGCAAUGA